CGACAGUUGCAAGAAAACGCACAGCACAAACUCACCUCUCUGCAAUGGCAAACCCUAAGGUUUACUUCGACAUCACAAUUGGCGGCCAACCCGCCGGACGGAUCGUGAUGGAGCUCUUCGCCGAAACGACGCCUCGCACGGCGGAGAACUUCCGCGCCCUCUGCACAGGCGAGAAGGGCGUGGGACGCUCCGGCAAGAAACUCCACUUCAAGGGCUCAACUUUCCACCGGGUGAUCCCGGGGUUCAUGUGCCAGGGGGGCGACUUCACGGCGGGGAACGGGACGGGAGGAGAAUCCAUCUACGGCUCGAAAUUCGCGGAUGAGAACUUCAUCAAGAAGCACACGGGGCCGGGAAUCCUGUCGAUGGCGAACGCGGGGCCAAACACGAACGGGUCGCAGUUCUUCAUCUGCACGGCAAAAACGGCGUGGCUUGACGGGAAGCACGUGGUGUUUGGGCAGGUGGUGGAGGGGAUGGACGUGGUGAAGGGUGUUGAGAAGGUGGGAUCGUCUUCCGGGCGAACGGCGAAGCCCGUAGUGAUUGCUGACUGCGGUCAGCUGGCUUGAGUUGAUUGAAGAGUGGUAAUAAUAGCGAUCCCAAUAAAGUGGGGCAUGGUUUGCUUAUGUGGAAUUAUCUGAGCUUAAUUGUGGAUGGAAUGAGAAGUUGCACUUGCAAAUUUCUCCAAAUCUCCUAUAGUUAAUUUGUGUUUUCAUUUUCCAUUGAAAAAAUAUGAUUGUUUUGGGUA